CCCGGGUGUUUGUGUCAUAGCAUGAGAGAAGGCUUUCCUUGCUUACACCGGGCUAGUCGUGGCUCUGCAUGCACAGGGGUUGAGAACCUGGCCCAUUAAAGCAGGCACAGGACUCCUUUUUGCCCUCCUCCAAGGUGCCCCUCCAUCUUGGCCCUUCCAGAGGGCGGCAAGGACUGUCUGUGAGCCAUAGCACUGACUUGGAGUGGAGUGCUGAGCUGUUCUCAGGGGUAGAAGGUGAUUGUGCCUUCUGAAGACCAGGGUGCGAUUGAUGGAGGAGCCCCAGGAGGGCAGCUCUGACUACUGCCGUUCCCAACAUCGUGGGUGCUGCCGCUGAGGAGGCCCGUGCACCUCUGGCCCUCACCAUUGCCCUUGCUUCCCAAUGGCCUCUGCUGCCAGGCCGGAGGCCAGCACUGCUGCCUGAGCCCGCUGCCCCUCUCCAGGACUCGCCGUUCCCUGAUGGGGUAACGUGACAGACCGGACCAGAGGCUGCCUGCCCACCACGGCAGAGUUGGUUGAGUUCAAGUUCAUUUUUCCUUUGGUCCUGAGUGCUGGGGCCCAACUCUGACCAAAGGGGACACUCACUUCUCUAUCCACCGAUGCAGAGAGGGUGUCUCCAGCGACAGCCCCAUCGAGGACACUGCUCUGCGGCCAGAGUCACCAACCCCAAGUUCUCGUUGCUCGGUUUUUUUGGUUGUUGUUAUUUUUAUUUUUGCAUCCUCCUAACUACUCCACUCUGAGGGACAGGACCUUGGAGCUGCCCAUCUUGCUGCGGGGUGGGGGAGGGGGUGUGUUUGUUUCUUUUUCUUUUCUUUCUUUUUUUUUAGAAUUGGGGUUUUUUGGAAUCAUCCACCACCAGGCAGCUUCCUCUCCCUCUCCCAAGUUAUUUGCACAAUAUUUGUGCGGGGUGUAGGGGCGAGGUUUUAAGAAGUCUUUUCUUUUCGGACAAGCACGGGGAUCUCACUGGACUUGGUGUGGGGGCCUGGGGGACCCCCCGUGCAGCCCUUGCUGGCUAGUCCUCUCUGGGUCCCCGGAGGAGGCAUGGCCCGCAUGAACCGGCCUGCACCUGUGGAGGUGAGCUACCGACACAUGCGUUUCCUCAUCACCCACAACCCCAGCAAUGCCACCCUCAGCACGUUCAUCGAGGACCUGAAGAAGUAUGGGGCUACCACUGUGGUGCGUGUGUGCGAAGUGACCUAUGACAAGACCCCUCUGGAGAAGGACGGCAUCACUGUUGUGGACUGGCCCUUUGAUGAUGGGGCGCCCCCUCCUGGCAAGGUGGUAGAGGACUGGCUGAGCCUGCUGAAGGCCAAGUUCUACAAUGACCCCGGCAGCUGCGUAGCUGUGCACUGUGUGGCGGGCCUGGGAAGGGCUCCAGUGCUCGUGGCUCUCGCUCUCAUCGAGAGUGGGAUGAAGUACGAGGAUGCCAUCCAGUUCAUUCGACAGAAGCGCCGUGGGGCCAUCAACAGCAAGCAGCUCACCUACCUGGAGAAGUACCGGCCUAAGCAGAGACUGAGAUUCAAAGACCCACACACGCACAAGACCAGAUGCUGCGUCAUGUAGUGCAGGUUCUGGCUCUGUACGCCCUGUACUCCUGUACCUCAUUACAUCAGUGUCUAAGGAGUCCAACGGCUGUGUGCGUUCCUGCUCUGUCCCCAUGUGUGCCCACGGCUGUCUUUCUGAGGCUGUCCCUGGACCUUCUGCCAGUCCUGUCCAACCCCUCCACCCCCUGCCCGGGCCUCUUCCCCCUGGCCUGUGUAUUGCAGGUGGGCUUUUUUUAACCACUGGGCCGAGAGCCUCAGCGGCGGCGCGCUCACCCUCACCUUUCUCCAGCACCUUUGUUACCAGGUGCUCUGGACUCUCAAGGCAAUAAAUCAGGAGCUGUGGA